CUCUGCCGUGCCGGAUCACUUUCCUCUCAACAAGUAGUGCUCGACAGUAACAGUCAGCAAUAAUAUUUGUUUCCACAAUCAUAGGUGGCCGAUCAAAAUCUAAUAUGUUAUCAAAUGGCUGGCCACAGUCCUUCGCUUUGAUAUUAGAACGUACUAGUUCCAAAGUUACGUUUUAAAAAAUGAGUUCUCCCAGAAUUCCUAGAGUGCAAGUUUACCUAGAAAAAGCAAGCAACCAACGCAUUUUGGCAAAAUUUGGAGAGUGUAUUGUCAAGUUCUUCGGCUUCGCUGACAAAGGCUCCGGAUACGUUGGAUUAACUCAAGAAAAAGACGGAUUCGUCGUUCAUGAGCUGACUUCGUUUGAUGAUACAAAUGCUAUUCUAUUGAGACAUGCAUCUGAAUGUCCAGUCUACAAAAUGACCAACAAAGCUAUCCUGUCUCAGGAGACAAAAGACAAAGGUGUUGGAAUUGGAGUUGCAGUUUUAUUGGCUAGUUUGGACCAGUGUGUUCUUGUCACCAGAAGGGCACCUCAUAUGAGGACUUUUCCAGGAGUUUGGGUUCCACCAGGUGGCCAUGUGGAACCUGGGGAAACAUUACUUGCUGCAGGACUCAGAGAAUUAAAAGAAGAGACAGGGCUGGAGCUAAAAGACACUGGUUAUCACUUACUAGGGCUAUGGGAAUCUGUUUAUCCCCACAAGUUGGAGUUUGGCCAUCCAUUGAGGCAACACCUUGUCAUCUACUUGGUUUUAACUAGCAACUUGUCAUCUAGAGAACUAACUGAACAAAUCAAGUUGGAACCUGAAGAAACAGAUGCUGCCAUGUGGCUUCCCUUCUCUUUUGUGGAGAAGCUUUCAACUGGACAUUCAGUAGAAGAGAUACCCAAGCAAUUGUCUGUUUUACAACAUGUAGAUGGAAAGAAUGAGCAGUAUAGCGUUGAAACUGCACCGAUCGUGGAAGCAAUUGCUCCUCCUCCAGAUUCUUCUUUUUUAGACAUUGAGCGGCUUACGUGGGGAACGAGAUUCGCUCUUCAGCAGUGGAUGAAAUGGAAUCAGAACAAAACCAACGAGUACGGAUCAAAAUUGUAAACAGUUAUAAUCACUUUAAAGUUCAUACACACGAGAUUAUUUCGGUUUUGUUCACCA